AAAGAGGAACUCACUAGCACAAGACAAGACAUGCUAGGAGAAGCCAAAGUUAAUACAGCAGUUUUUCCAUAACAGAAGAGAUAAAAUCUACCUGCAUAUUAACAGACCCCUUCUCCAAAGCACCUUUGGAAUCAUUAUUUUCUUCCCUCGAGCAAGGAGAGGGUCUCGGAGCACAUAGAGGAGCAGCUUUGGAGUUUACUACUUACUGCAAUGGAGGUGGUUAUCAACGUUGACGAACACCACCGUGGCAAACGCAAGAAAAUAUCUGAGAUCCAAGAUGAGAAAGAUGAGAAUGUCCAAACAAGCAUUGUUGGAGAGUCCAGCUCUAAUGAAAACCGCAAAGAGCCUAUGGCGGAAGAACUAGUGACCAAUACUGUUUGGAGAAGAAGACCUGUAUUAAAGCAACACCCAGGAGGAGGUCAGUUUGCUCCAUCAUCUCUCAAAGAUGAGGAUCACUCAAGUAAGUAUAAGAAAAGAAAAUUUAGUCUUUUGAUUUUAGUUGAAAGGCUAGGUUUAAUUCUUAUACCUGCUUUAUUAUUAACCUUGACUCUUCCAUUUUUGUGGAAUACGGAUUACUGGGAGGUUAGUAUUUGGAAAUGGGAAAUCAUGGUUCUUUUUUUAGUCUCGGGUCGGUUCUUGUCUCGUUGUAUCAUUAGGAUUAUUGUGUUUUGGAUUCAAAGAAAAUUUCAAUGGAAGGUCAAGGUUCUUUACUAUGUAUAUACUUUGAAGAAAACAAUUCAGAAUUGUCUGUGGUUAUUGCUAUUUUAUUUAGCAUGGUUUUUCUGGUUCCAUAACCGACUUCACAGUGUGAUCAACUCUGUUUUAUUGGAAUAUUUGGAGAAAACUCUGUUGUGUUCCUUUCUGGCUGCUGCAUUAUGGCUCUUCAAAUCCUUAAUUGCUAAAGUUUUAACCAGUUAUUUUUACUUGAGAACAUAUUUCGGCAAGAUUGAAGAGUCGGUCAUCAAUAUAUUAUUGAUUAAUAUGCUUUCUGGACCACAUAUGGUUGAAAUUCGAAGGGCUAAAGCACGAGAGGAGGAAAGGCUUGCUACUCGUAACUUUUCUACCAUCACAAUUGAAAGGUCAAGGAGUGAGAUUAAGGAUGGUGAUGGAGUAACUCUCAAUCUUUUGCAUAAGCUGAAUCCAAAAUUUGUGCUUUCUUUGGAAAUGAAGAGCUUAGUGAAAACAUUUACCUACGGAGCACUUGAUUUGGAAGACGACCAUUCCACAUUAGUCACAACUGAAAAGGAUGCUAAUGCAGCAACGGAACAAAUAUUCAGAAAUAUUGCUAUGUGUGGUUCCAGGUCUAUAGACAUUGAGGACUUGAUGCCUUUUAUGAUUGAAACUCAAGCUGCUCAAAUUGUAAAUCACUUUAAAGGAGCAUCAGAUUCUGGAAAAAUAAGUCAAACUGCCUUGAAGGAGUGGAUUCUGAAUGUGUUCAGGGAGAGAAGAACACUAAUUUUAAGAAUAAAUGACACCAAAUCACCAGUCCCAAAGUUAUACAACUUGCUGAACUUCUUAGCUGUCCUUGUGAUUUCUGUUAGUUCGAUUUUGACUUUGAAAAUGAUCACUACCAAAACACUUACCGUAAUUGGGUCACAGUUCGUGUUGGUUGCAUACAUAUUUAAAAACACAUUGACCACUGGUUUUGAAGGAAUAUUUUUUGUUUUCUUUAUGCAUCCCUAUGAUGUAGGAGAUAGAUGUGACAUUGAUGAUACAGAACUUGUUGUUAAAGAAAUAAACUUAAUGCAGACUGUGUUUAUAUCGUUUGAUCAACAACUGGUAACCAUACCCAACAGCGAACUUAGCAAGAAAGUCAUAUUUAAUCAUAAUCACAGUCCUGACUUGGAAAAGGCUCUGCAAUUCUAUAUUGAUGUAUCAACUCCCGAUAACAAAGUUUUACUGUUGAAAGAGAGAAUAAAGGAAUACAUGGACGGAAAGCAAGAUCACUGGUAUCCUUCACCUACCAUAAACAUGGAUUGUCAGGAAAGACUGGACAUGGUAAAAGUGGCUGUCUGGCCAACUCUUAGAAUGAACUUCGUAGGCAUGAGAGAAAGUGGCAUCAGGAGAUCUAUGUUGAUAGAAGAGUUGAUGAAAAUCUUAAGGGAUCUUGACAUUCUAUACUUUAUGCCUCUAGAGAUAAAUGUCGGAGCUUUUCCUACCACUUAUGAUUUGCUCCUUGUUAGUUGUUGGACAAAAACUACCUAGUACUGAUCAUCACAGAUUCUUGGUUGGUUGGCUCUAUUUGAGAUAUAAGAGGUUAGCUAGAUUAAUUAUUGUUGGUGUUCUUUACUUAGUUAGUUAGUGUGUAUGUAUAGGCUUAAGAUGGUCAAAUUGUAAUGAUGUCUUAACUUGUUGAUUGGAAAGCUAAGAAACCUUCCUGCUGAGAAGGAGAAGGAUAACAAGUUUGCUCCAAAAGAUAUUAUGCAGAUUAUCGAUUAGCUUCUCUUUUUCUUAUUUGUUUUUAUUAUUUUGGUAUUAGAAAAAUAUUAUUAUAUCAAACUU